CGCACAUGCUCCCGACGUCAUCUCUCUUUGGUCUUCCGUGUCAACAUGGCGGCAUCCAUGGCAUCCCAGGCUGCAGCAAGAGGACUGAGGACAGCAACCUCAAAGCACAUACUUUUGGACAAACUCAAGUGCACCUGGUUGAGUCCCAGGAGAUGGCUGAAUCUGCAAGAGUACCAGAGCAAGAAGCUGAUGCAAGAGAGUGGCGUGGCUGUCCAGCGCUUCUUUGUGGCUGACACCGCUUCUGAUGCUCUGGAGGCUGCAAAAAAACUCAAUGCCAAGGAGAUCGUGUUGAAAGCUCAGAUUCUGGCCGGUGGCAGAGGCAAGGGUGUGUUUGACAGUGGCCUUAAAGGUGGAGUGCACUUAACAAAGGACCCUGCUGUGGUCGGUGAACUGGCCAAUAAGAUGCUUGGUUUUAACCUGACUACAAAGCAGACACCGAAAGAUGGAGUGAAAGUGAAAACGGUGAUGGUUGCUGAGGCCCUGGACAUAACCAGGGAGACCUACUUUGCCAUCCUGAUGGACCGCGCCUGUAACGGUCCUGUCAUGGUAGGCAGCCCCCAGGGAGGUAUGGAUAUUGAGGAGGUAGCCGAAAACACCCCAGAACUCAUCUUUAAGGAAGUCAUAGAUAUAUUUGAAGGCGUGCGAGACGACCAGGCACUGCACAUGGCAGCUAAUUUGGGUUUCAAAGGACCUCUGCAAAGACAGGCAGCAGAUCAGAUUAAGAGGCUCUAUGAUCUGUUCCUGAAAGUCGACGCCACUCAAGUCGAAGUCAAUCCUCUCGGAGAGACUCCCGAAGGACAAGUGGUUUGCUUUGAUGCUAAGAUCAACUUUGAUGACAAUGCUGAGUUCCGUCAGAAAGCCGUGUUUGCGAUGGACGACAUGACUGAGAGCGACCCCACGGAGACGGAGGCAGCCAAAUGGGACCUCAAAUAUAUCGGACUGGAGGGGAAUAUUGCCUGCUUUGUCAAUGGGGCCGGUUUGGCCAUGGCCACAUGUGACAUCAUUGACUUGCAUGGUGGAAAGCCAGCUAACUUCCUGGACCUGGGGGGAGGAGUCAAAGAGAGGCAGGUGUACGAGGCCUUUAAGCUGCUGACUGCUGACCCGAAGGUGGAGGCCAUCCUGGUCAACAUCUUCGGUGGGAUCGUCAACUGUGCCAUCAUCGCCAACGGCAUCACCAAGGCCUGUCGAGAGCUGGAGCUCAAGGUGCCGCUGGUGGUCAGGCUUGAAGGGACAAACGUCCACGAGGCCAAGAGGAUUCUGAGUGAGAGCGGCCUGCCCAUCACAUCAGCUGACAACCUGGAUGACGCCGCUAAGAAAGCAGUGGCCGCCAUCAGGAAGUAGAAGACCCUCAGAGUAACCUCACCACACUCUGUCUACCCUCCACCAACAUCUAUACAGUCUCAGAUCAUCACCAUCAGCCUUUUCUCUUACACGUGACCUCCAAGACUCACCUGCCUUUAUUUCUUUUUUUUAGAUUCACAAUAAUUAUGUCAUUGCCAACUCUAUAUCUAUAUCACAGCUUAUGAGGUGCUGUAUCAUCGCACCCAAUUUAAAUUUUACACUUGCCUCACAAAUGCAGUGUAAAUUACCUUCUUUUCUUUAAAAAAAAAUCUAUAUUAAAUGCUUAUUAAUUGGAAUAAGUCACGUUGUAAUUCUCAGGCCUGAGACAUCAUAAAGCUCCUCUGUCAGAAAUUAGAAGGAGGUCCAACACUUCUUGCGUUCCAUUUUCCAAUGGUGUGGUUUUCUCUGCAUAUUGUGACAUUUUGUCGAAUAUUAUUUAAGAGAUAUUUUCACUUCAAUGCAGUACAGUAUGUAUGAAAACAGCCCCAAUCAUUCAAUGGUACAUACAGCUAAAACAAAAGGUGAGCAGUUAACUUUGGCUUGUUUUCGUUGUGACAACAACUCCAGUAAUCCUUCCAAUGCCUUAUCUGUGUGUCAUUGAGGUGGAUGGAGUAGCCCGCUGUGAAUUUUCUUCAUCAUGUCUUAAUUGUGAAGUGCUCUGUGGCAAACAGUGUGUUAACUGCUUGAAGCAGUGCCUAUUUCAUGAUGGCCAAAGGGUUUUAUAAACUAUCCUGCCAACUGGUUUAGUACCAGCUGUAGUUUCAUACAGAGGUGUUGAGAAAACAAAAUCUAAAUUACAAUUGUACUUAACUGUAGCUUUUUUAUAAUCAUGAAUGUACAUUGAUAGAAUAUCUUGAAUACAGUGUCAAACUGUGUAUAUAAUUUGAGAGAUUAAAAAAUAUUUCAAGAAAA